AUGAUCUCCCACAUGGAUCAGAAGGAGGAACUGUGGUUCUCCCACCUCCACGCCUAUGAAGGGAAAAACAUUUUGAGUGGUACCUGUGCAGCUGAAGAUGGGAUUGUGAGCAAGAAAGAAGAAAAUGCCUACCAAGGCAUCCCUGGGCCAGUGAGGCCCGAGGGUUUACUCUCAGGACUCUCCAAGGAGAAUGGUUCUGAGAGUCCUGCACAGGACCCAGUCCUCCCACGCAGGUCAGAAAGGGUUCAGAGACCUCUGAGGAAGAGGCAAAGCCGAGUGACGCUGCAUGGAAAAAGUUUCAGGAGGCUGCCAGAUAUUAUCCAGCAGAGAAAUCCUUCUGUGGGGAGACUGACGAUAUGUGGGGACUGCGGGAAGAGCUUUCGGGUGACCUCCAACCUCAUCCAGCAUCGGAGAAUCCACACUGGAGAGAAACCCUUUGCCUGCACCGAGUGCGGGGAGAGUUUCCGGCAGCGGUCGCAUCUCAUCCAGCACCAGAGAAUCCACACAGGGGAGAGGCCCUACGAGUGCUCCGAGUGCGGAAAGAGCUUCAGCAUGAGCUCAAAGCUGAUCCGGCACCAGGUAACCCACACCGGGGAGAAGCCCUACAAGUGUGCCGAGUGCGGGAAGAGCUUCUCCGGGAACUCACAGCUCAUCCAGCACCAGCGAGUGCACACUGGGGAGAAACCCUAUGAGUGCAGCGACUGCGGGAAGAGCUUCAGCGUGAGCUCAGCCCUGACGCGACACCAGCGGGUCCACACCGGAGAGAAACCUUACGAGUGCUCUGAGUGUGGGAAGAGCUUCAGCCAGAGCUCCGAGCUCAUGAAGCACCAGCGAGUUCACACCGGGGAGAAGCCAUACAAGUGCUCCGAAUGCGGGAAGAGCUUCACCGUGAGUUCAGCCCUCAUCCAACACCGGCGGUUUCACAUGGGCGAGCGCCCCUACGGGUGCACCGAGUGUGGAAAGAGCUUCACCGUGAGCUCCCACCUCAUCCAGCACCGCCGUUUCCACACCGCGGAACGCCCCUUUGAGUGCACUGAGUGCGGGAAGAGCUUCCUGUGGAGAUCAGCCCUGCUCCGGCACCACCGCGUCCACACAGGGGAGAGGCCCUAUGCCUGCGCCGACUGCGGGGACAGCUUUCGGCAGAGCGCCCACCUCAUCCAGCACCGUCGCAUCCACACAGGGGAGCGUCCCUACGCCUGUGCCGACUGCGGGAAGGGCUUCACCGUGAGCUCUGCGCUCCUCCGGCACCAGCAGAUUCACAGGGGUGGGGAGCCCUAG